AUGAAUGGAACAAUGUCAAACAAGUUUUGGUGUAGUCAAAUGCAACAUACUCAGUUUCCGUGGUCACAGCACUUUGAUUCCGAAUUACCAAUUGAUAUGAUGCUACACGAGCAACAGAUUCGUCGUGUUCAACACUACAAAUAUCUGGAUGUUGUAUUGCACGAACCACUGUAUCACACCAUGCGACUGGACUAUAAUCAGGUUGCUGUAUCCAAUACCAUGUCAGUUGUGUUCAAUUCUUGCAAACCACCAACUCACAAUCAACUUUCAGACACGAAUAUGUUUGGCAUCUCAAAGGCCAGUUUGGUGUGGCAGUUUUUUGACAAACCUGAUGAUAUAAAUGACCUUGACAAGGCGAGAAUUCCCUGUAAAGUUUGUCAGCAGCUCGUCAAGACAAAUUCAAGAACCAACUUCAAUCUUGUUGCCCAUUUGGUGACCAAACACCGCGACGCUCUAUCAGAUGCAAUGGAUCGGUAUUCCAAAGACUCCACAAGUAUAAGUUUAAAGGGUACAAAACUACAAAAACCACUCGUUCAAAUCUUGGAUCAAUUGUACAUGGAAAAGAAGAUCCCUGACGUGCCGUCAGCGAGAGAUUGGGACGACUUGACUGAAUUAGUGUAUUUCUUUCAACCAUUUAAACAAGCCACAAUGGAAUGCAGCAGCAACAAGUAUCAAACGUUGUCAUACGUUAUACCAUGGUACAACGUGUUAUUGGACCAUUGUGAAAAUGCCGUCAAUGAUUAUGGACAAUGA